UUUUCAAAGUCCCGAAUUCUGGGUAUUUUUCUGGUAAUUGAGAGAAAGAUGUUUCGGAGUCCCGUUCUUGUUUUUCUCAAGGGCUAUCUCAAGGGCUAGCCAAAUGGUUUAAUUGUACAACCGGAGGAGUAAAACAGGAAAAGAGUUUGAAUCAACACCAAAAAUGGAAGAGAAAGCCGAAACAGACCACCACCAGCACCACCAUGUGAUCACAAUCGAAGAAGUGGAGGAAAUGGAAGAGAAAAUCAAGGAAAUUCCCAAGCUCCUCAACCGAACAGCCGGAAAAAAAUCCUGCUGCAUAUUCAGAGUCCCUCAAAGCCUCGUCGAAAUCAACGGAAAAGCCUACCACCCGCUGAUACUCUCCAUCGGCCCGUACCACUACGGAAAACCACACCUCAACAUGAUCGAAGAGCACAAGUGGAAAUUCCUCGGCGAACUCCUCGCUCGAACCCUUCCUGACGGCCUUAAACUCGACGGGUACCUGAAAAUCAUCGCGCCGUUGGAAACCAGAAUCCGAGAUUGUUACUCGGAAUUCAUCGAUUUCAAUAGCUUCGACCUCAUAAAAAUGAUGGUACUCGACGGGUUAUUCAUCAUUGAGCUUAUAUCCAGAGUUGGAAAGGUGGCUCCUAGUGAUCCACACGAUCCAAUCUUCAACAUGGCUUGGAUUUUCCCUUUCCUCAUGAGAGAUCUCCUCCGGUUGGAAAAUCAGAUUCCGUUUUUCGUGCUUCAAACUUUGUUCGAAAACACGAGGGUUACAAGGUCUUGUGGUGAUGAUCAAACGCUAGGGAAACUGAUUCUCGGAUUUUUUAAUUACAUAGUGGAAAGGUCCGAUGGGGUUUUGGAGAGGUUUGGAGAUCUUGAAGGAAAACAUCUACUCGAUUUCUUUCGAUUGAGUUUUAUCCCUCCUGAUCCGCCUCAUCAAAAGCCGAGAAAAAAGGCGAAUUGUUUCAUUGCUAGGAAAAAUGACAUUCCAUUGCUUCAAUUGAUCCCUUCCGCGAAAAAACUCGAUGAGGCUGGAAUCGAGUUCAAGGCUAAAAAGGGUGACACGUUCUUGGAAAUCAGAUUUCACAACGGGGUACUGGAGAUUCCGCAGAUAGCGAUAGACGAUUUCACCACCUGGUUUCUCCUAAACUCUGUUGCGUUCGAGCAGUGUUACAAUCACUGCUCGAAGCACAUGACAGCUUACGCGAGCUUCAUGGGGUGCCUCAUCAGCAACCCCAGAGACGCGGGUUUCCUGGGUGACUGCAAAAUCGUGGAGAAUUAUCUCGGGCCGGACAAAGAGCUGGCCCAUUUCUUCAAUGAUUUGGGCAAAGACAUGUCCUUUGACAUCGCGAAUAAUUACCUGUCCAAGGUGUUUGAGGAUGUGAACGAGUAUCAUAGGAAUGGUUGGCAUGUGCAGUGGGCUGGAUUCAAGUACAAUUAUUUCAAAACCCCAUGGUCUUUCAUUUCAGCCUUGGCCGCUUUGAUACUUCUGCUCCUAAACAUGAUCCUGGCUUUCUUUGCUCUUUAUCCAUAUGCCGGAGGAAAGCUUCCUGGGUGACUCGUGAAAAACAGUGAGAAAUUGUAGUAUAUAUGGAUUUCAGUUGUUGGCUAUCCAUGCCCCUCGAUCGAAUCCUCUUUGCCGAAUAACUGACUUUCGUUUGGGACUAUCGCGGUGUAUUAAUUCGGCAAUCAAGCUUGAUUACCGUGAGGGAUUUAUCUUCUUGGUUGGUCUUUCGAAACCCUCCGUAAAAUAUGUUCGAAUUUUUUCUUACCCAUCUUUAAGGUUUUGAGACAAAUCAUCUCCGUUUUCUCUACCGUUUUCAACACGAACCACGACAGUGUUACAAUUGUAUGGCGCGACCAUUAUUUUGUACUAGUAAAGUUUGAAUAAAGAAAUUUUGUUCUUUGGUAAA